AUGGCGUCAACAAUAUUAUCAAGCUGUUCUUCGUCAACAGCAACAGCUCGUCUUUCCAACUUCGAUAUCGAUACAAUCCGAAGAAGUGGUUCAGUUCAUCUAACACAACCACCAUCUUUUAUUUCUUUCAAACCUCGAAAUCCUCCGGGCUUUGGUGCCUCAAUAAGUAUGCAGCGUCGAAGUUCUAAUUCUAGUAUUACUGCUGUGGCGAUGCUAAUGAGUACUAGAUUUCCUAAAGUGAGACUUAACGGAAAGGCGGUCGCGAAGGAAAUCGGAGAUGAAAUCACGGAUAAAGUAAUGAGGAUGAGGGAUGCAAUUGGUGUCACACCAAUAUGUGACAUUCGUAUAAAGGAGAAUUCAGUAGUUGUAAUUGGUAAUGGUACUGAUACUGAUAUUGUUGCACCUCCUGUCGCAUAUUUACUACAGAGGCAUGGUGCCAAGGUCACUGUUGUGCACCGUGGAACAGAAAACCUCGCGGAGAUCGUUAGUCAAGCAGAUAUCCUUAUCUCUGCUACAGAAAGAGCAUAUCUAGUGAAGGGUCGCUGGAUUAAGCCAGGAACAAUUGUCAUUGACACCGGCAGUAAUAGAAUCAGGAAGAAUCCAGGCUAUCGAUUUGUUGGGGACGUUUGCUAUGAAGAGAAUUAUGAGUGGGCUUCAGUUAUAACUCCAGCACCAGGAGGAGUGGAAUCCAUGACAACUGCAAUGCUUCUAUCAAACACGCUUCGCGUAGUUAAGAGGGCUCUUAAGUUUGAAUGA